AUGAUCGAGAUCCCCCUGUCAGCGGUUUAUGUCGCGCUGGCUGCCUAUGCGUACUACUUCUCGUCUCUAACCCAGUUCCUCCUGUUGUCCUUCGCAGCGACCAUCCUCAAGACCUUCUACGGCACCGUCCUGUACCCCGAGUACUUCACCCCGCUGAAGCAGGUCCCUACUCCGCCGAACCGCUCAUGGAUCACCGGCAACUCAAGAUCGCUGCUCGACAAUUUCCCCUUCAAUACAUGGGGCACAUGGGCGAAGGAGUUGCCCAAUAAUGGACUCCUGCGAAUCUAUAUGCCGGCAGGGAUGGAGCGAUUGACCGUGACAAACACCAAGGCUUUGAGCGAGAUGCUGGUUCAGCGCGUCUACGACUUCCAGAAGCCCGAACUGUCUCGUAUGAGUCUUGCGCGCGCCGCGGGGGAUACGGGGCUCCUUCUUCUUGAGGGGGAUGAACAUAAGCGACAACGGCGAAAUCUGAUGCCGGCAUUUUCCUACCGCCACAUCAAAGACCUGUACCCGAUCUUCUGGUCCAAGAGCAUCGAAAUGGUGAACCUGAUGAAAGAGGACCUCCAGAAGCGCCCCGACCCCUCGAACAACGUCGUUAAAAUCGGCGCGUGGGCCACCCGCGCGGCCCUAGACAUCAUCGGAGUAGCCGGCAUGGACCACGAUUUCGAGGCCCUACGCGACCCAGACAACGAUCUCGCCAAGGCCUACGAAGCCAUCGUCAGCUCCGCCCCGCCCUUGACACAGAUCUGCUUCAUCCUCUUCGUCGUCCUCGGCCUCGGAAAGCUCGCCAUCAAAGCGCCCCUCAAACACAACCGCGACAUCAGCACCAGCGCCGACCUAGUCCGCACCGUUGUCCGCAACGUGAUCACCGAAGGGAAAAAAAAGAGAGACUCAAGCAGCAGCGACAGCAUCACCCCCAAAGUCGACAUCCUCUCCGUCGCCCUCCAAAGCGGCGCCUUCACCGACGACGAGCUCGUCGACCAGAUGAUGACCUUCCUCGCCGCGGGCCACGAAACAACCGCCACAGCCCUCCAAUGGGCCAUGUACGCGCUCUGCAAGCACCCCGACGUGCAGACCCGCCUCCGCGAGGAAGUCCGCGCCCGCCUCUCCCCCUCGGCUCCCAUCGCCGCACCCACCCUCGACAGCCUGCACUACCUCCACGCCGUAUGCAACGAGGUCCUCCGCUUCUAUCCCUCCGUUCCGGCCACCAUCCGUGUCGCCACGCGCAACACUACCCUCGUAGGCCAACACAUCCCUAAAGACACCAUCCUCAUCGUCUCCCCCCAGAUCAUCAACCAUCUCCCCGAGCUGUGGGGCGACGACGCCGACGAGUUCAACCCCGAGCGCUGGAUGGGGCCUGGCAGGGCUAAUACCGGCGGCGCGACCAGUAACUACGCUUUCAUGACUUUCUUGCAUGGCCCGCGUGGCUGCAUCGGUCAGGGUUUUGCUAGGGCUGAGAUCGCUUGUAUGGUUGCGGCUAUUGUGGCUCGCUUCCAUAUGGAGCUGGUGGAUCCUGAUGCGGAGGUGAAGGUGCGCACGGGAGCCACGGUGUGUCCGGUGGAUGGGGUGAUGGCGAAGUUGACUCCGGUGGCGGGGUGGUAG